UAAGUGUGGUAAGAGGGAGGGCGCACACACACAAGUGUGCACUAUAUUAGAGGGAUCAGAGCAACAACAGCAACGCAUCCUGUGAAAGACUGAACGUGAGCAGUCGGCGCAGCGAUCCAACAAGAGCAACAGCAGCCACAGCCAUGAAGUCCCAGGCUCUUCUCCUGCUCCUGGUCCUCUCCUGCAUGUACCUGUGCCUCGCACAAGGCUCGUACGGCAACUGCUGCCUCGGCUAUCGUCACGCGUUAGCAGAAAGAGUAAAGAAAAACAUUGAAAGCUACAGGAUGCAGGAGACAGAUGGGGAUUGCAACAUCAGAGCUGUUGUGUUUAUGAUAAAGAAGAAGCCGUCACAUGCAAAACAGUGGACUCGCUGUGCCAAUCCGGAUGAGCCUUGGGUCCAGAAGGUGAUCGAGAAGCUGAAUAUGAGGAGGCAGAAGUGAGCACUUGGAGUUUAACGACGGAGGGACGGGGGGGCAAGAGGAGAGCCGAUGUUUCACCCACCCCCCCGUUGUUUGGGCACCAUAUAUCACCUUUAACCACAUGAAGUACGUUUUUGUGCAUGGUUCAACAUAAGACGAACAAACUAUACCCUCAUUGCUAUUGCCAUUUAGCUAAAAUCCUUCACAAGAGACUAUGCAUUUCUCUUUAAUAUGUAGCAGCUUGUAUUUUACAGACUAUAUUUGUGUGCGUGAUGCAUAUGUUAAAACACGAUUGGGGAUAGGUUUGAUGUUUUUUGAAUAAAAGGUUUUCAAGUGUUUGUAUUUUUGUAUCAAAUAAAGAGUCAAUACAAACCCAA